AUGAACUCGUGGACAAGCAUUGCAAAGCACCCAACCAUUUCACUGCUAAAAUCAUGCACCACACGCAGAGAGCUGAAGCAAAUACAUGCCCAGUUGCUUGUUAAGGGGAUUCUCAACAACCCUCAUUUCCAUGGCCAAUUCGUUGCCACUGUAGCCCUUCAAAACCCAGCAAAUCUUGACUAUGCCAACCAUGUCCUUCUUCACCAAUGUGACAACCCCAACCUCUUUACCCUCAACUCCUUCAUCAGGGCCUACUCCAAAAGCUCCACCCCCAACAAAAGCUUCCAUUUUUACACCAAGAUUCUCCAUUCUUCCAACAAUCUCUCCCCUGAUAACUACACAUUCAACUUCCUCGUUCGCACGUGUGCGCAGCUUCACGUGCACGAGACUGGUUUCUCUGUUCAUGGUGCUCUCAUAAAGUACGGGUUUGAGCAUGACCCACAUGUGCAAACCGGGUUGAUUUUCAUGUAUGCUGAAUUGGGUUGUCUUAGUUCAUGCCAUGUAGUGUUUGAAGGGAUUGAUGAGCCAGAUUUGGUUUGCCAAACUGCUAUGUUGCAUGCUUGUGCCAAAUGUGGUGAUAUCGACUUUGCAAGGAAGAUGUUCGACGUAAUGCCUCAAAGAGAUCCUAUUGCAUGGAAUGCAAUGAUUUCAGGGUAUGCACAAUGUGGAAGGUCAAGGGAGGCGUUAAAUUUGUUCCAUUUGAUGCAAAUAGAGGGUGUCAAACUUAAUGAGGUGUCCAUGGUUUUGGUCUUGUCUGCGUGCACUCACUUGGGGGCAUUGGAUCAGGGAAGAUGGACUCAUGGAUAUGUGGAGAGGAACAAGCUCAGAAUGACGGUAACGCUGGGAACUGCACUUAUUGACAUGUAUGCAAAAUGUGGGAACAUUGAUAAGGCCAUGGAAGUUUUUUGGGGAUUGAAGGAAAAGAAUGUUUACACUUGGAGUAGUGCCAUUGGUGGAUUGGCCAUGAAUGGUCUUGGUGAGGAGAGUCUGGAUCUUUUUUCCUCUAUGAAACAAGAUGGAUUUCAGCCAAACGAAGUAACCUUCAUUUCUGUCUUAAGAGGGUGCAGUGUGGUUGGACUGGUGGAGGAAGGUCGAAAGCAUUUUGACUCAAUGAGGAAUUUGUAUGGGAUUGACCCUCAACUUGAGCAUUAUGGCUUAAUGGUUGAUUUGUAUGGUCGAGCAGGGCGUCUUGAAGAAGCUUUAAACUUCAUCAGUAGCAUGCCUAUGAAACCUCAUGCUGGUGCAUGGAGCGCUUUGCUUCAUGCUUGUAGAAUGUAUAAAAACAAGGAAAUGGGCGAGCUUGCACAAAGAAAGAUAGUGGAACUAGAUGCCAAGAAUGAUGGUGCUUAUGUCCUUUUAUCAAACAUAUAUGCUGAUUAUAAGAAUUGGGAAAAAGUUAGUAGUUUGCGGCAGACCAUGAAGGCUAAAGGUGUGAAGAAGCUCCCUGGUUGUAGUGUCAUAGAAGUUGAUGGUGAAGUUCAUGAGUUCAUUAUUGGGGACAAGUCUCACCCAAGAUUUGAUGAGAUUGAAUUAAAGCUAGAAGAGAUCUCUAGGCGUCUUAGAUUAGCAGGUUAUGUGGCUAACACUAACCCUGUGCUUUUUGAUAUAGAAGAAGAGGAAAAGGAGGAUACUUUGGGUAAACAUAGUGAGAAGGUAGCCAUUGCUUUUGGGUUAAUUAGUUUGAAAGGUGUUCCCAUUAGGGUUGUUAUGAACCUGAGGAUUUGCUGGGAUUGCCAUGAUGUAGCAAAAAUGAUAUCCAAAAUUUUUAACAGAGAAAUUAUUGUCAGAGACAGAAACCGGUUUCAUCAUUUUAAGGAUGGUGAAUGCUCUUGUAAGGGUUAUUGGUAA